AUGGAUGAUGAGUUGUCCAGGCUUAAGUCAGAGUUAGAGUCUAUCAACAAUAAAGCUACAGCUCAUAUUGACCUUAAGAAACUUCUGGAUGCCAUUGCUGCUACGAAGGUUCUGGUCAGUAUGUACAGUUCAACUGUUCAGAAUCGCGCGCUGAAAGUGAAGGAGUUGGAUGCCGACAUGGAGAAUGUCAAAGAGGACUUGAGCAUGCUCAAACAUGAGACAAAUAAAACUUUCUCAAAGGCUCAUAAAGUUUUGCAAAAAGUGGACCACACCAAUGACAGAAGUCAAGCCUUACUCUCAGCUAUCACAGACCUUCUGAGGAGAAUACAAGAGCUGCUGGACAAGGUGAAGGAUUCUAUCAACACCAGUGCUCCAGUGGCCCCUGAGGAGGUUAUCAGAAUGCUAAAGGAAGCUCAGCAGAUGUUACAGGAAAUGAGAAGGCAAAACUGUAGAACUGAAUGGAAAAUAGCUGAAGAAGAGCAAGGAAAAGCAGACAAACUCUUAGAUUAUAUCAAGAAACACCUUGCCGAUCACCUGGAUGAAAACAAGACACUUGUAGACCAGAUUGCCCAGUCUUUGAUGGAUGCUCUAGCCAAACUCCAGGAUCUAGCAGAGGCACUGAAACAUGCUGAAAAAUUAGUACAACAAGCACAACAGCUUAAUGAAGGAAAUGAAGCUGGCCUUAAAGACAUUCUGAAACGUCGGAAGCAGUUGGAGAGUGAGCAAAGUCGCAUUCCUCCUGAUUUGUCAAUGGCCAGAGACACUCUGAGGGAAACAGAGGAUCUUCAGAAAAUGUUGGAUGACUUAAAAAAGGAAUACGAGAAACUUGCUGCUCAACUGGAUGGAGCAAGAAAUGAUGUUCCCAAGAAACUGAACGAGCUGUCAUUAGCAACAUCUAAAGAGGGACUCGUAAGACAGGCAGAGGAACAUGCUCAGUCUCUCUUCAACUUGGCUAUGGAUCUCCAAAUUACUGGGGUUGUGUCUGUUAUUCAUUAUGAGAAGGAUGUGGGUAGCAGCAGUAAUGCUGAACUGAGGGUGAUAGAAGACCCAAGUGCAGAGCUCUGGGCACUACAGAAUAUUUCUAACAACUCAGCUGUACAAAAAGCUUCAGAAGCUGUGAAAGCCUACACAGAUGUGAUCAAUGCCAUCAGGGAGGCUAAGGCGGCUGCCGAGAAGGCCACACAAGCUGCAGAUCAAGCUGUCACGGAUGUGAAACAGCAGGAUCUCGCCAAGAGAACAAUGGUAUUAAAAGAUGCUGCAAACAAACUGCUAGAAGAAGCAACUCAGGCACAAGAGAGUUUAAAAAUGGCUGAACAGAAUAUUAAAACUCAAAGCGACCGCUUAAACCGUGCAAAGGACAAGAGCAAUAAUCUGAAACGAGACAUCGAAGCUUUGGAACAGAAGAUGAAAAAAAUCAAAAGGGAUGAUAUUGCUGCUCUUUUAGACAUGGCCAAGCAAGACGCCAGUGCUGCCAACUCCACCGUGAACAAUGUGACAGAAUGGGUUAAAAAUAUAAGUGCUGAGCUGAACAAAACAGUGAUUCCCUCUGCUGGCUCCAAUCUGGACAACAUACUCAAUGAGAUAAAUAAAACACUAACUGACCUAAAUCAGUCCCUACCCACACUGACUGAUACGCUUGCUGAAGUGAAGAACCAGAGCCAGCGAAUGCCUGAUAGUGCCAACCUCCAAGAUGACAUCAGGAAGAUUAAGGAGAUGAUUGAAAACACCAGAGACAUGGUCAACAGAGUGAGAGGUCCUAUGCUGUUCUCUGGGAAUGGACACGUGGAGCUUCGACCCCCCAAAAACCUGGAAGAUCUAAAAGCCUUCACAGCUCUUAGUCUAAUGAUGCAGCGGGCCAAUACAGACCCCUCCAACCGCAGGCGCCGUCAGGGCAGACAAGCCCAGAAUAAAUUAUUUGUCCUCUACCUGGGGAACAAACAGUCACCUAAGGAUUACAUUGGAAUGUACCUGGAGAAAGAUGUGCUCUACUGUGUGUUCAAACUGGGAGGAAUCAUUCAUGAAAUAAAGACCAAUGCCGUCACCAGGUCCGCAACAAAUAAUGCUUUUAUGGACAAAGUGGACUUCCACAGAGUGUAUCAAGAUGCAGAGGUUCUCUUCACAACGGCAUUUACCUCGGCUACACCCCAAAAACUUCCACCAAAGACCCUUCAGUCCAAUACAACAGUAGGCUUGCUGGACCUGGACCCUGAUGAUGUGGUCUUCUACGUAGGUGGCUAUCCUACAGACUUCACUCCCCCAGAAGAAAUAAAUUUACCCCCGUACAGAGGGUGCAUUGAGUUUUCUACAUUUAAUGAUCAAAUCCUUGGUCUUUACAACUUCAAGCAAGCUGUCAACAUUACUGAUAAGGACAAAUGUCUACGACAUAACAUCAUCCAGCCACCUCUCAGAGGAUGUGUGGGGAACCUUCGAGUAGGUGCUUCUUUCCAGCUGUUUGUUGAGGAGGUUGGCGUCAUACCAGGCUGUUUCAAUUCACUAUUGGGUGUGCGUGAAGGUACUCUGGACUUGGGCAGCUCUCUCUUUUUGCCCGCUAAGGGUGUGGUGGUGAACGGGGGGCUGAUGGUCUCUCUGGGGUUUAAAUCCACUCAGACCAACAGUCUGAUACUACAGGUGGGCCAAGCAAGGCCUGGAUUUCAGCUAUCUCUGGUUGAUGGUUUUGUGGAAAUGGCAGAUGCUAAAAAUGCUUUGAGAUCCAAUGAAAUAUACAAUAACGGGGAGUGGCACUAUCUGACUGCCUUCAGAAACGAGUCAGGGUUGGAACUGACAGUUGAUAACAAGGAUAUGGGGAAGCAACAGCCAGGAGCCUCACCUGUUGCUGCUGCGGGAGACGACAUCAUUUUAGGGAAAGAAACUUUCAGCGGCUGCAUACAAAAUCUUUACACGAGAGGGCCUGAGGACCAGUAUCUCCCAGCAGACCUCAGUGCUUUCAUCCAGAAAGGAAAUGUUACGCUGGGAGUUUGUGUUGCUAGCCAGCACCUCCCUCGGCGGAUCAUGACAAAAGAGCGCAAAAGAAAACGCAACAGAAAUGACUUGAGUGGUGUCAUCAAAAAAGCGGCAGUGAAAGACCCCAAAGGACAAUGUGAGGAGCCCGCUCCUCUAAUUCAGGCCUACAGUUUGGAUGGAGUCAGGAGCCAGUUGCAAUACAACAUAGAUGCAAAGGACCUUAAUUACAGGCCACACUUCUCCCUCGAUGUCAGGACCAAAUCGUCAGAGGGCCUUUUACUCCAUAUUUUUGGGAGGCGUGGUGUGUGUAUGGUGGCUUUGUACAUGGCCAAUGGGAAAGUCAAACUCAUGGUGGGGAGGAACAUCACAAUCAGCCACCACAGGAAGAUUAAUAAUGGAGACUGGCACAACAUCAGGUUUAGUGUGGAGAAAGACUCUACUCACAUGCUGGUUGAUGGUUUUCGAGUCCCCGAUGGCAAACUGGCUGAAGAUGAGGGAUUUUCCCUGGAUUUACAGCCUCCUGUCUACAUAGGUGGAGGCCAAGUUCAACCAGUUUUGGAAAUGCAGAGAAAGUCCCUCCCCCAUAAAAGAGUGAUUGGAUGCAUUCGUGACAUAAAAUUCUACAACGCCCUACUAGAGCCAGCUGUCAAUCAUGGUGUGGCGCCCUGUUUUGAUGGGGACACAGAGAAGGGUGCAUAUUUUGCUGGUGACAGAUCAUAUGUUGUAUUAGAGAAAUUCUUCACUCUGGGUGAACAUUUCAACCUAGCCUUUGAAAUUCGUCCCAGGAAUUUGAUGGGAUUACUGUUUCACGCUGGAAACCAGCAUGGACAUAAUCUGACUGUGUUUAUGAAGAAGGGGAAGGUUGGCAUUUUUAUCUUGUAG